AUGAAAUCUUAUCAAAGUAAUCCAAGUCCAUUUCUGUAUGCAAAUAAAUGGUCGCAAAUUUUUCACAAUUGGAUAUCAGUAUUAAUUAAUCUAAGUCAUAAACAAGGAACAGUUUAUCUAAACGAUGUUUACGAUAUUCUUCCGGAAUAUGAAUCAAAACAACUUACCGAUACAUUACAAAACAAUUGGUUUGAUGAAUUGAAACGAUCUCCUCAAAAUCCAAGUCUUUUGCGCGCUACUAUUCGGACGCUCGGAUGGGAACCGAUGAUGAUUGGUCUUCUUUUUAUUCCUAAUAAAAUAUCAACUCUAAUACAACUAUUAUUAAUUGUAUAUAUAAUGGAAUUUUUUAAACCAUGUUCUACGAUGUCUAUUCCAUUCGUAUGUUUUCUAGCUAUUCUUAUGUCUUUAACUGUCAUGAGUUUUAGUUUUUUCCAUCAUAGAUAUUAUUAUUUAGCUGAGAUUUUUUCAAUUCGAAUGCGUAUUGCCUAUCAAGGUUUAAUUUUUCGCAAGGUUCUUCGUUUAUCGAGUCGUUCUUUAAAUACAUUGAGUUCAGGUGAAAUAACAAAUCUUUUCUCAAAUGAUGCCACACAAAUUCAAAUGAUUUUAAUUUCUUUUAAUUAUCUAUGGUCCACACCGUUGGAUAUCAUUGUUAUGGUAGUUUUGUUUUGGCAUUUUAUGAAUUAUAUUUCAUUAAUCGCUAUCGGUUAUACUAUUUUAAUUGUAUUGAUUGCAACUCUUAUUGGCCACAUAGCAGUUUAUUAUCGAACAAAAAUUUUGGAAGUUACAGAUAAACGUGUGAAAAUAAUGGCUGAAAUUAUCAAGUCCAUGCGGAUUGUUAAAAUGUAUUGCUGGGAAUCGGCAUUCAAUAGGGAAGUUCGUUUUGUGAGAAAACAUGAAAUCGUUCGUUAUGCUAUUCGUUUUAUUUUUGAUUCUAUACAAAUAAUUUUCACACAAACUUAUAUUACUGUAUCAUUUUUAAUUAUCUUUGGAAUCAUGUGGCUAUUAAGCAUGCAUUUUGACACGGGAUUAUUUGCUGUUGCUUCUUGUAUGCUCGGUUAUUUAGAAAUAUCAUUGAUGGAGUUUGGCAUGGGAAUGCAUGACCUUGUUCAUUAUGCCGCUGCAGAAAAAAGAAUACAAAAAUUUCUUUUACUUGAUGAAUUUGAAAAAGAUCGCCGUUCAAAAUCAACAGUAUCUGAAACAGUUGAUUAUGGCUUAGAUAACCAGAUGACUUCGUCUUCGAAAGUUGAAUGCCAUAUAAGUCAAGCAUAUUGGGAAACGGAUGGAUUAUUUUCGCUGAAAAACGUUAUUUUUCAUGCUGAUCCAGGUGAUUUGAUUUGUGUCAUUGGACCGGUUGGAUCUGGCAAAAGUUCUCUUUUACAAACAUUAACGAAUGAAAUAACAUUUUUGAAUGGCAGCAUUCAGCUACAGGAUUCAUUUUGCUAUGUUCCUCAAGAACCUUGGAUUUUUUCGUCAACUAUAAAGGAAAAUAUCAUUUUUGGUGAAGAAUAUAAUUCGAAAAAAUUUCAACGUGUCAUUCAAGCAGUUGCACUGGACACAGACUUCGCUCAACUGCCCAAUGGAGCUAAUACACUAGUUGGUGAUCAAGGUGUGAUGCUAUCGGGAGGACAAAAAGCACGUGUAAAUAUGGCAAGAGCACUUUAUCGUAAUACCGAUAUCUAUUUAUUAGAUGAUCCUUUGUCCGCUGUGGAUGUUCAAGUUUCUAAACAUCUUUUUGAAAGAUGUAUUAAAGAUUAUCUUCAUGAAAAAAUCUGUAUUCUUGUUACUCAUCAAAUACAAUUUUUACAAGAUGCAACUAAAAUUAUUGUUCUAAACAAUGGCGAAAUGGUUCAUAUGGGUACAUAUUCAGAAUUACUCGAAUCUUCAUCAUCUUUUAGUAAUUUACUGAAGAAAAUCAAUCAACAAGAACACAAGGAACAUUCAAAAGAUACUCGAAUACAAAGUAUCUCUCGAUAUGUUUCAGUUUCUGAAAGUAUCAGCGAAGAAAAACAAUUGUUAUUAUCAGAUGAUUUAGAGACAAAAGCGAAAGGUUCCGUAAAUUGGCGUGUAUAUGUGGAAUAUUUACGCGCUGGUGCUGGUCUAAUUCUUGGUCUUAUACUAUUAAUAUCAGUGUUUAGUAUGCGCGAAGCAAUAUUUUUUUUCUGCAAUUGGUGGCUGGCAGAAUGGAGUGAAGAUAAAGAUUACCGUCGUGAUCAAGUUAGAAAUUGUACUGAAGAUAGUAACAAGAAAAUGAAUGAAAUACGAUCAAUGAAUAGCCAAGAAUGGGCUCAUCAUCAACGUUGGAGAUUCUAUUUCUAUUGUGGUAUUGCAUGCAUACUCGUGAUACUAACUCUACUUCGUACGAUCACUUUGAAAGUGAUAUGUUUGAAUGCUAGUCGAGUACUUCAUAAUAAAAUGUUUCAAAGGAUUAUUCAUUGUCCAAUUUCAUUUUUCGAUUUAAAUCCUAUUGGUCGAAUAUUGAAUCGUUUUACGAAAGAUAUGGCUAUCGUUGAUGAAGAACUACCGAAGACAAUUUUCGAUUUUUUACCCUGUUUUUUUCAAGUAAUAGGCAUCAUGAUUCUUGUCAGUUGGCUCAAUCCAUGGGCAUUUAUACCAUCAGGAAUAGCAACUAUGUGCAUGUUAUAUAUUCGAUAUCGUUUUGCUCAUUGUUCGCGAGAUCUCAAACGACUUGAAGGCAUUACGCGAAGUCCUUUUUAUUCUUAUUUAACAUCAACCAUUCAUGGACUUAAAGUUAUUCGUUCUUGUCACGCUGAGAAUGUAUGUGCGUCAGAAUUUUUCUCCCAUGUUGAUACUAAUACUCGUGUGGAAUAUUUGUUUCUAACAACGUCUCGAUGGGCUGUUAUUCGAUUCGAUUGGGUGACCGUUUUCUUCGUUGCCAUUGUCACACUACUUGGCAUUGGUCUUCGUGUUUUUGGCCGUCAAUUUUCAUCUGCAGAUAUUGCGUUAACAUUAUCGUAUAGUCUCAGUUUGAUGGGUCUCUUACAAUGGACUAUUAGACAAUCGGUUGACAUCGAAACAAAAAUGACAUCAGUCGAACGCAUACUUGAAUAUUGUUCGCUCGGUCAAGAAACAUCUGUUCAACGGCUGCCUAAAUAUGAACCAUCGAUUAAUUGGCCAUCGCACGGUCGUAUUGUUUUCGACAAUGUAUCAAUAUCAUAUUUUCAAGAUUCACCAUUGGUUCUUCGUGGAAUAUCAUUAAACAUUGAACCUGGUGAAAAAAUUGGUAUCAUCGGAAGAACAGGCUCUGGUAAAAGUUCAUUUAUUCAAGCUCUUUUUCAAAUGGCGAUACUUGUCGAUGGACAUAUUCAAAUUGAUAAUGUCGAUAUAGCAACUGUUGAAUUAUACGAUGUACGAAAUCGUAUUUCAAUUAUUCCACAAGAUCCUGUUCUAUUUCAUGGUACAAUGAGAAGUAAUCUUGAUCAAUUCGGUCAUUAUUCCGAUGCAGAAAUAUGGAAUGCACUUGAACAAGUACAAUUGAAAUCGUUAGUAAGAAAUAGCAUGCCCAAUGGUCUUCUUUCAUCAGUGAAUGAGAGUGGAUCGAACUUAAGUGUUGGCCAAAAACAAUUGGUAUGUUUAGCACGAGCUAUACUGAAAAAAAGUAAAAUUCUUGUGAUUGAUGAAGCAACUGCUAAUGUUGAUAAUGCAACUGAUGAAUUGAUUCAGAGAGCAAUAUGUGAUCAAUUUAAAGCAUGUACCGUAUUAACAAUAGCACAUCGGUUACGUACAGUCAUUGAUAGUGAUCGCAUUAUGGUGCUUAGUAAUGGAGAAUUGGUCGAGUUCGAUACACCGGAAACAUUACUAUCAGAUGUUCAAUCUCAUUUUGCUAUAUUAGUCGAACAAACAGGAACCAAUGAAGCUGACUAUUUACGAACAAUAGCAAAUUUAAAACUCUCGAUGAACAAAUCAAAAGAACAAUAG